AUGUGCUCUCCUGUGUGCAGCAUGGAGCACCUGUGGAUGUAUGCAGCGGCUGUGCUGCUGCUGCUCUGGCUGCUGGUGUGGCUGUGGAGAGAUAGCCUGGUCAUCUCAGACAUCGGUGAAAACUAUGUCUUUGUGACUGGCUGUGACUCGGGCUUUGGGAACCUGCUGUGCAAGCGGCUGGACCGCCGCGGCUUCCGCGUGCUGGCCGGCUGUUUGACGGAGAAGGGCGCGGACAACCUACGCCGGGCGACAGGGCCCAAGCUGAAGACCAUCCUGCUGGAUGUGACGGACAGCAGCAGUAUCCGUCGGGCCAUGGAGUGGACAAAGAAGGAAGUGGGUGACAGAGGUCUGUGGGGCCUCGUGAACAACGCGGGCCGGUCCCUUCCCAUGGGCCCCACGGAGUGGAUGCGGAUGGAGGACUUCCACAGCACGCUGCGAGUCAACAUGAUGGGCGUCAUUGAGAUGACGAUGACCUUCCUGCCACUGCUGAAGAAAGGCCGGGGGCGGGUGGUCAACGUGGCGUCCGUCCUGGGCCGUGUGGCCGCUAACGGUGGCGGGUAUUGCAUCUCGAAAUUUGCAGUGGAGUCCUUCUCUGACUGCCUCAGGAGGGACAUACACUACUUUGGCAUCAAGGUGAGCAUCAUCGAGCCGGGCUUCUUCAAGACAGCGGUGACCAGCCUGGAGCCAAUCGAGAGGGAGCUGCACCGCCUGUGGAACCAGCUGAGCCCAGAGGUGCGGGACAGCUAUGGGGAGAAGUACUUUGACAGGUAUAUCAAGGUCCAGCGGUUGAUCAUGAACAUGUUGUGUGACCCGGACCUGAGCAAGGUGACAAACUGCAUGGAGCACGCUUUGACAGCACAGUACCCCCGAACGCGUUACAGCGCUGGCUGGGACGCAAAGUUCGCAUGGAUUCCCCUGUCCUACGCCCCUGCCUGUCUGCUGGACUUCUUCCUUAGGACUGUGCUACCGCGUCCGGCGCAGAGCGUCUAGAGAAACAAACACCAGGAAAUAUGGAAGCGAGCUCUGUCAUACUGACAUAAUGUUAGGUAAAUUCUGCUCGUGUUUCAAAGCUCCACCACAUACAAAUGCAAAAUCUGUAAAUUAUUAUUUUUAUUUUACAGUGCAUUUCUAUUUUAUUUCAGUGUCACAUAAUUAAUUUCUUUGAACGCAAGCUACGCACAGCCAAUAAAUAAUCUCUCCCUUUAAAAAGUGACAAAACUA